AUGCCGUACCUAAACUCUGCCCAUUCCCCGACCGGCGCGGCGCCCUCACCUUACACUCCAGACAACCCUUCGGCGCCUCCAGCUCCCUUCAACGGUGUCUUGCAUCAACAACCCAACGGACUGCCACCCCCCACCUCAGAUCCAAACUCGAAUCCAAAUAGAGGCAGCGGCGACUUUGAUGACUCGCGGAGGAGCAGUGUUGCUUCCAACAGCAUACACACGGGCAUGACCAACCUUGGGCUCGGGCCUACAUCUCCGUAUACAAGCACCAAUGCCUCUCAAACAUCUCUCGUCUCGGGUCUUCAAAGGGAGCGAGGUAUCCAGACAAAUGGAUAUGCGGGAGGAGGCGGCCGAUACUCAACGAUGAGUGGACCAAUCACAUCCUUUGGGUCCAAUCGCGGUGGAAGAGGUGGUUUUGCCGCAGGACGAGUGGCGCCUCCGAUUUUAGAGAAUCCUAAACAGGAGGUCUACAGCGCAGAGGCGCCCACGCGGGGCCAGGCGUAUGCGUUUCCCGAUCCUGACGCACCCCGGCCACAAGGGAGAACCCCUUCAACAUACUCGCGCAGAAACAGCUUUGCCGACUCAUUCUCUAGCAGUAUUCUGACGGUGGAAUCCAACAGGUUACCACCAGGCCAGCAAGAACUACCCGAUACUCACCAUCACAGCCUGCAGCACAAACAAUUAGACAGUCUGCGAGUUGACCCAGAUUCUCCUAAUGGGACUACCCCGUACAGUCGUACACCGGAACUUCGGGUAACUCAUAAGCUAGCCGAGCGCAAGAGACGGAGCGAAAUGAAGGAUUGUUUUGAACAGCUGAGAAGUCGGUUACCAGCGAGUCAAAAUAAUAAAUCAAGCAAAUGGGAAACGUUGUCAAGAGCCAUUGACUAUAUUGCGCAGCUUGAAAGCCAAAAUAAGCAAGCUCGAGCCGAAUUUGAAAGCCAGCGAAUGAAGAUGGCUGAAUUAGAAGCCAAGAUGCACGAAAUGAGUCGACAAAUGCAAGGUAUACAGCAACCCCAGGGCUCUUUCCCACCUCCACCGAAUGUGAUGCCACAAAGCCCCCUUGGAUACGGGCCUCACUUCAACCAUAUCGACUGCUCCAAUGAGCCAGCACGGACACUCCCGCCGAUAAUGAAUAGCAACUCGAUGCAGGGUAUACAAUAUGACGACCGGCGGUAG